AUGCGCAAUACGGUCGAAAGACUGGACAAACCAUCCACCUACGCCAUGAGCAAGUACAAAAAGCGCCGCCGCGGCCCCAACGACGACGGCACAGGUACCAACCGUCCCCCCUCCCCCGACCUCGAAGAAAAGCUCUCCUCCGCCACAACCCUCUACGUCGGCAACCUCUCCUUCUACACAACCGAAGAACAAAUCCACGCCCUCUUCUCCAAAUGCGGCGAAAUCAAACGCCUCGUCAUGGGCCUGGACCGGUUCACGAAAACGCCCUGCGGAUUCUGUUUCGUGGAAUACUACACCCAUGCUGAUGCGCUGGACUGCCUGAAGUAUGUGGGUGGCACGAAGUUGGAUGAGCGGAUUAUCCGGUGUGAUUUGGAUGAGGGGUUUGCGGAGGGCAGGCAGUAUGGGAGGGGCAAGAGUGGGGGGCAGGUGAGGGAUGAGUAUCGGGAGGAGUAUGACCCGGGACGGGGCGGGUAUGGGAAGAAGUUCAAGGAGGGGGAUGCGCAGGGGGAUGGGGAGUUCUACAGUGACCUCAGAUGA